UUUAAUUAAUUUGCGUCUUCUUGUUCUAGGUAUUAAAUUAUCCCAAUUGUUGAGAAUUUUGACCUAACACACCAAGCAAUAGCAUCGAUGGAUUCUCAAGUGAUGGUUGCACUUGCUCUUUCACUUGUUGGUGGUCUCAGCACUUCCAUCGGUGCGCUUUUUGUUAUUAUCAAUCCAGCUCCCAAUUUGAAGAUGCUUGGGCUAUUACAGGGUUUUGCUGCUGGUUUGAUGCUGAGCAUAUCAUUCUUUGAUCUGGCUCAUAAUGCUAUAAACUCACUGGGAUUCUUGAAAGGCAACCUUUGGUUUUUUGCUGGUGUUAUAUUCUUUGCCUUUGUAGCCAAUUUUAUCCCGGAGCCAACACUUACUCCCACAUCAGAAGUAAAGACUAGAAAGAAAAAAGGGGAUGAAGGAGGCAAGGAUAAUUUGAAAAAGCACCGGCAGCAAGUUUUAUUCAGUGGGAUUAUUACAGCUGUAGGCAUAAGUUUACACAAUUUUCCCGAAGGAAUGGCUGUAUUCCUUGGAUCCAUGAAGGGCCUCCGUGUUGGCAUUAACUUAGCAUUGGCCAUUGCUCUGCAUAAUAUCCCAGAGGGUGUUGCUGUUGCACUUCCUGUUUAUUUUGCGACACAAAGUAAAUGGCAGGCAUUCAAAUUGGCAACACUUUCAGGCUUUGCUGAACCCUUGGGUGUUAUAAUUGUAGCCUAUUUAUUCCCUAGCAGCUUAAAUCCUGAGAUUCUGGAAGGCCUACUUGGAUCAGUUGGCGGAGUUAUGGCUUUUCUGACCCUUCAUGAAAUGCUGCCAUUGGCUUUUGACUAUGCCGGUCAGAAGCAAUCUGUCAAGGCCGUAUUUUUUGGAAUGGCUUUCAUGUCUGCGAGGUAGCAACUAUCAAUGAUGAGUAUUGCAUUCUGCAAAGUGAGGAAACAGAAAUUUUAUUGUGGAGACAAAAAGUGUUAUUGAGAGAGUCCCACAUCGGAUGGGAUAUGACCUGAAAAUUAGUUGAUAAGUUGGAGACAUCACUCACCUUACAAACCGAUUUUGUAGGGGUUAAAUUAGACUAAACUCAAAUUCUAAGAUGGUAUCAUAGCCUAUCCAAAAUUCGCUGGGCCAUCCGCUAUCGGGCCAGUUGGGUCACACACCAGAUGUUCAAUCCUACUCCUAGUCGUGAGGAGGGUCUGUUGAGAGUUCUAUGUCGGAUAAGUUAUGACAUGAAAAUUUGUUUAUAAGUGAGAGAUAUCCCUCACCAUACAAACCAGUUUUGUAAGGAUUGAGUUAGACCCAAACCAAAUUCCAAGAAAUGCAAACACUUGGCCUUGUAGCAUUUAGUAGCUCUGAAAUUUACUACAUUCUAUGUCUUCAUUUGUUUCUUGAGCCUGAAAAAAAACUCGGUAGAAUUCAGCAAGAAUUUACCAAAUUCAAUUCAAAGGUGGUUGUAGCCGUAGGAUAAGUCAAGGUGGUAAGGGGUCUACUAAUUUAUCUAAGAGUUGAUAAUAAUGUCGACUUAUUCUUGCAAAAGAACUUUGACUCUUUAGUAUGCCCCAAUUAAAAAAUGUCUGUAUUCACAGUUUCGAUACAAAUAUAGUUAAAACAUUAUUUACGAGAAUUAAGAAUAGGCAACCUUAUGACUAGGAGUCUUGGACUUAAUUGCUACCUCCUUGUUCAUCAGUUGGAUGUCCUUAAAAAUUGAAAUGAAAUUUCGUACAAGAAGUUCCAAAAUCUCUGAUUCUCUGGCUAUUGUUUCUGUCUGCUUUCCUCCCCGUCACUUGUGAAGUGUGAUAUCCCUCCACUUCAGAAGCGGAAAAAUUGGAUGAUAUCUCUUUCGGUUGCUUUUUUUUUUUUGCUAGCAAGUUCUUCUCUAAUUAAUGUUGCUGGAUGUGCAGCCUGUAUUUUCUAAAUAUCAGCUUACCAGAGGAGAUAAGCUUGUAGAUGAGAACAAACUCUUCUCUUUUCUUAAUUCAUGAGCUCCACAGUAUCAUCGUGGUGUGUGUCUUCAGAUUCUAUCGCCAAUUGCAGCAAAAUUAUUUCAGUAGGAGUCUCACAAACUGUCCGAUGACAAUAACAUACAGCCAUCUGAUGAGGUUAGCGUUAGAUAUAUCAAAAUUGAGGGAUACAAUCCACUUAUGAUUGUGGUUUCCCCUAAGAAUGUAAAGAAAAUUAGAGAAUAAGAGUGUGCUGUGUAAAAUAUUUUAGGGGACCAUCAAUCAUGUAUCAUGAAAUCAAGGUCAGACUUUACAUUGCAAAGUUGACUGAUAAUGUGUUAUGUUCAUUUA